CAGUAGACCGCCAUCUCGCAGUGACAUUUAGAUAGUGGCUAGACUCUCACGCUUUGCAACAUGGCGUUAGUUUGUUCAAUCUCUAAUGAGGUGCCUGAGGUUCCUGUCGUAUCACCAGCAUCAGGUCGAGUUUUUGAGAAGAGACUGAUUGAGAAGUUCAUCUCCGAGAAUGGCACUGAUCCUGUCAAUGGAGAACCUCUUUCUGAAGAUCAGCUGAUCGAGGUCAAAGUGAAUCCAUUGGUGAAACCUAGACCUCCUACAGCAACCAGUAUCCCUGCGAUCCUCAAACUCCUCCAGGAUGAAUGGGAUGCUUGCAUGUUGCACAGCUUUACACUCCGCCAGCAGCUUCAGACGGCCCGUCAGGAGUUGUCUCACGCCCUCUAUCAGCACGAUGCAGCCUGCCGUGUCAUUGCCAGGCUCACCAAAGAGGUUACAGCUGCUCGUGAAGCUUUGGCUACUCUGAAGCCCCAGGCAGCUCCAGGAAUCGUACCAGGUGCUGCCAUGCCUGCUGCUGUGGCUGUUCAACCUGUACCUGAACCCAUGGAAGCUGCUGAAGCUGGCCCAGUUGGCAUGACUGAAGACAUCAUACAGAAGUUGCAAGAGCGAGCCAAUGUUCUCACCGCUGAGCGUAAGAAGCGAGGCAAGAAGGUUCCAGAUGAGCUGGCUCCAUCUGAGGACAUCAGGAACUACAGACCGAGAGCUUCUCAUCCUGGUCUACACAGUGCCAGUAUUCCUGGUAUUCUGGCGCUUGAUUUACAGGCGGCUGAUACCUCCAAGGUUCUCACUGGAGGAGCCGAUAGAAAUGCUGUGGUAUUCAACAAGGAUACAGAGCAAGUGACGGCCAUCUUGAAAGGUCAUACUAAGAAGGUCAACAAUGUCAUCUACCAUCCUACAGAGGAUGUUGUCUUCACCUCUUCGCCUGAUGCUACCAUCCGUAUAUGGCUUACCCAGAAUGCAUCUUGCACCCAGGUUGUACGCGCUCACGAUGCCGCUGUGACCGGUCUCAGUCUCCAUGCCACUGGAGACUUCCUACUCAGCUGUUCCGAGGAUCGUCACUGGGCAUUCUCUGACAUAGCAACAGGACGUGUCCUCACCAAAGUCUCUGAUGAUUCUGUCGGCCAUGCUCUGACCUGUGCUCAGUUCCAUCCCGACGGUCUUAUCUUUGGGACUGGAACCGCUGACAGCGUCAUCAAGAUCUGGGAUCUCAAAGAAUGCACCAACGUUGCCAACUUCCCUGGUCAUUCCGGUCCCGUCACCGCUCUGGCCUUCUCAGAAAACGGUUACUACCUGGCUACGGCAGCCGAUGACGCCAUUGUCAAACUCUGGGAUUUGCGUAAGCUCAAGAACUUCAAGAACAUCACCCUGGAUGACAACUACGAGAUCAAAUCAUUGACCUUUGACCAGAGCGGUUCCUACCUAGCCGUAGCAGGCACUGAUCUACGUGUGUUCCUCUGUAAACAAUGGCAGGAGCUAGCCGUCUUUACAGAUCACACCAGCACGACUACUGGAGUACGCUUUGGGCAGCACUCUUCAUUCUUAGCAUCAUCCAGUAUGGAUAGGAGUCUCAAGUUCUACAGCCUAUAAGGGUGAUGCUCACAUUUCAUCGCAUCCUGCUUUUGUUGGCUAUUCUGGUAUUUGUCUUCAGUAGAGUAUAUCCAAGUUGAUGGUAGGAUGAUUA